AAAUCAAUCUUUUUCAAUACAAAAAUGGCUGCAGUACAACAAAAUUUAUCAAAAAUGAUAUCAGCACAGCUACGUAAUAAAGCAACCGAGUUUUUGAACUCUAGAAAACAUGCCAAUAAUGUUGCUGAUAUCUUACAAAUGUUUGAUGCCGAAUCUGAUAAUUACACGUCGCUUUUACUUACUAUAGAAGUGAUAUUUACUGAACUACUGAAAAGAGGCGAUUUGGUACAAGAAAUCAUCCCAUUAAAACCUAUAGACCACAGUCCUGAGGCGGAAUACACACGAUGGUUGCGGGAAUGUUACGAGGCAGCGCUGGCGAGGUGUCUAGAAUGCGUGCGGCGCGGCCGCCUCAGCUCCCGUCUGCAGGCUCUUGUCACUGCCUGCAAGCUGCUGCAGGCUGAGGGCAGAUAUCCUUUAGAACCCACUAAUGGGUUUUACUUCCCAUCUGUGCGUUUGAAGAAUAUAUUCAUUGUGCUUUUGGACUCAGAGAUAUCAAUGUCAGCACUCAUUGCACGCUUCCAGGAGUUCACAGAGUAUAAAGAUGUGCAGCAGUAUGGUCUCAAAGUGCUCUCCAGCAUUGGCUAUAAGAAAUCACCAUCAUCAAUCUACAUGCAGAACUACUUGGAGCUGUUGGACAAGCUUCUCGCGGUUGAGAUUCCCACAGAGGCUAAGAUCAAGGCCAAGGAAAGGGAUGAUGAGAAGGAGGACAAAGUACUGUGCGCUGUUGAAGGCAAGCCAAAGUUCGCAUACCAUCCAAUGGUGUGCCGGCGUCAUGCAAACCGGUGCUGGGGCUUCGCAUGCCAGUGGUCACUGUGCGGGUCGCCACGUGCACACCGCCGCGCCCUGCUGCUCCUGGUGGAGCGUCUCAUGCCGCUGCUGGCUAAGCCACAUUUAGCCACUGAUAUGCUUUGUGAUAGUCUUGAUGCGGGUGGUCCGAUCAGCAUGCUGGCGCUGCAGGGUGUGCUGGAGCUGGUGCGGCGUCACAAUAUCUCCUACCCUGACCUUUACGACCGCCUCUACGCCAUGUUCGAGCCCGAGAUGUUCGCCACACGAUAUAAGCGCCGUCUGCUACAUCUCGCAGAUAUAUUCCUCAGCUCCACACAUUUGCCGGAGGGUCUUGUGGCGGCGUUCGCGAAGCGCGUGUCCCGGCUGGCGCUGGUGGCGGCGCCGGAGGACGCGCUGGCGCUGCUGCAGCUGCUCGCCAACCUGCUGCUGCGACAUCCCGCUCUCAAGCGUAUGAUCUGCUGUGACGACACACCCACACCACCGCUCAUGUCGGGUGACCCGUAUGUGAUGGAGGAGACGAGCGCGAUGAGUUCUCGCGCGCUGGGCUCCUCGCUGUGGGAGGUGAGCGCGCUGCGGCGGCACGCGGCGCCCGCACUCGCCCGCGCAGCUGCAGACGUGCUGGCUGCUGCUGACCAGCGCGCCCCGCCCACCAUACUCGCACCACCUGAUGCACAGAUGUUUGAUGCUGAACUAAAGAAGCGUUUCAAGACGAUAGAGAUGAAUUUCAUCCGGCCGCAGGGCAUGGCUCUGCCCGCUGCUGACCGUCUCCAGCAUUACUGGCAACUCACAGCGUGAACACGCCCACAACACUAAGCCCCGCCCACCACAGGUGACGUCACCACACUACAGCGCUUCAGUUGGCACGUCUAACCAUAAGUACUCUGGAAAACGACGUGCCAACUCAAAUGCAAUGUACGCAUUUGAGUUGACUCACUAAGCAGUUCUGUACGACGGAAAGAGUUAUAUCUCUUAAAACA